AUGGGCAAAGUACUGUUUGUGACGGCUCUGGCCCUGCUGCUGCACGCGCAGCUUGGCUCAUCCUUCAUACUGUCAUGCUACUUCACAAACUGGGCACAGUACAGACCACCUCCAACCAUUUACAUGCCCAAUGACAUCGACCCAUGCCUGUGUACCCAUCUUCUGUAUGCCUUCGCCACCAUCAAGAACAACCAACUGGCCACCUAUGAGUGGAAUGAUGUGGAGCUUUACAGUCAGUUCAAUGGCCUGAAGAACAAGAAUGGCAACCUGAAGACUCUUCUGUCUGUUGGAGGAUGGAACUUUGGCUCUGCAGGCUUCUCACAAAUGGUGUCAAGCCCCGCCAACCGUCAGACCUUCAUCAACUCAGUCAUUUCAUUCCUGAGGAAGUAUGAGUUUGACGGGCUUGACAUCGACUGGGAGUAUCCAGCCAACAGAGGAAGCCCUCCUGAGGAUAAGCAGUACUACUCCAUUUUCCUGGAGGAGCUGAGAGCUGCCUUUGAGAACGAGGCCAAGCAGAGUAACAAGGCUCGUCUUCUGAUGUCUGCUGCUGUGUCGGCUGGAAAGGGCACCAUUGAUUCUGCUUAUCAGAUUCCCAAGCUUGGCCAGUCUCUGGAUAUGAUCAAUGUCAUGACCUAUGAUUUCCAUGGCUCUUGGGACCCCAUGACUGGCGAAUGCAGCCCCCUGUUUAGAGGCCCUCAGGACCAGGGUGGCUUUAUUUAUUUCAAUGUGGACUAUGCCAUGAACUACUGGAAGAGCCAGGGAGCCCCAGCUGAGAAGCUGAUCGUUGGUUUCCCCACAUAUGGCAACACAUUCACCCUUAGAAACCCUGCAAACCAUGGUAUUGGAGCACCUAUUUCUGGUGCUGGAACUCCAGGAAAGUACACACAAGAGGCUGGAGAACUUGCUUACUUUGAGAUCUGCGGUUUCUUGAAAGAUGGAGCAACUGAGGUUUGGAACCAGGCCCAGGAUGUGCCAUAUGCCUACAAGGGAAACCAGUGGGUGGGCUAUGACAACAGGAAGAGCUUCCAGAUCAAGGUUGACUGGCUGACAAAGAGUGAAUUUGGAGGCGCCAUGGUGUGGACCAUUGAUAUGGAUGACUACCUGGGCACUUUCUGUAACCAGGGAAAAUACCCACUGAUAAAUGUUCUCAAAAAGGGCCUUAACCUGGAACAAGCAUCCUGUGCCCCCCCUGCCACUCCCCUUCCUCCAAUCGCCGGCGUGAGCACAACCAGUGGAAGCUCCAGCGGGGGCGCCAGUGGCAGUGGCUCCUCUGGCGGGGGUGCCAGUGGCAGCAGCUCUUCUGGCGGGGGCUCGGGCACCAGCGGCAUGCAGAGCGGGUUCUGCGCUGGAAAGGCUAACGGCAUGUACCCUAACCCAAAAGACAAGAACCAGUUCUACAACUGCAGUGGGGGAAAAACCUACUUUGAGAACUGUGCUGCUGGCCUGGUCUUUGACAGUUCCUGUUCUUGUUGCAACUGGGCCUAA